UCGACUCGGGCGCCUCCACUAUUGUUGCGUUGCAUUUCUCUCACGUGGGAACUGCCUGUGCUAUACCGCACUGUUCACAACCGACCGCGCCGUCGAAUACACGCAAUGACUCCUUAAUUCCUUAUCAAAAACAUCUUGUGAUAUGAAGCUAAAGUAUGUAAGGUGAACUGGAGUUUCCUGGUGAUGACUGUUGAGUGAUGAUCAAAUAUAUUUAGUGAUCAAAGUCUUAUUCUAAUAAGAUAAUCGGAUAUUAUGGCUUUUUUGCUGGUGUUGCCAGUCUUGCUACUUGCUGGCAUUGCGAGGUAUAAUUGUGAACCUGUUUCCGGUUUUAACUAUGCUUAUGGAAAUGGCCCAUCACAGUUUGGAGAUAUCUUAAAGCCGCCGCCACCUCCACUAGCAAUCGCCCCUGUGCCGUUUCACGGAGGGAAACCACAGCAACAAAUUAAGGACUUGAGAUACCAAUACCAAUCAACUUAUCCUCCUGCUGUUUCAACAAUUCCGCCUUCGGAGUUCAAAUUCCCCGCUCCUUUUUACAAACAAUACAACUUUAACUUUGUACCUUCACCCCAACCUUUUACUACCACUCCUUCGCCUACCUUUUUUCAGAAAAUAUCCGGAUGGCUUUUCCCGUCCCAAUCCCAACAGACCGCUGCCGAUGGAUCUAAAAUUAAUCUUGAACCAUUCAAAAAAGAUUGCAAUCCUUGCAAUUUAGUGCCAUGGGUUCCAGUGAUAAAAUAUAAUUUAGGAAAUAAAAAUGUUCAAGAUAACAAUAGUCCAACGUACGGGCCUCCCAGUCAUACAUCAUUAGCCCAAAACGUAGUCCAACAUCGACCACAACCAUUUAACUUCCAGAUAAGUCAAGAACAAAAGCCAAAUCAACCUCAUUUAUCUUAUGGUGUACCUGAUCAAUCUCAUUUAAAUGGAAAUCCAAGCUCAACGUAUGGACCUCCUAGUGCUAUUCAGCAAAUAUCAUUACAAAAUUCUUUAAGCUCUAUUCACUCACCCAGUUCUUAUGGUGGUGUCCCCAAACCUUCAACGUCAAGUUCUUCUUUUCAUCAAUUAAGUUCAUCUUAUAAUCUGCCUAAUACAUACAGCUUCACAACUUCUACAUACAAUCCAAUAGCUUAUGUUACACCAUCCAUCGCCGUUGAUUUUAGCCAACAAGUGACUACUAAUUCUCCAGUAAAUCUUCAAAAUAAUUUCCCUAGAGUAAUACAAAAUCAUUCACCAGUCGGACAUGAUUUGGACAUUCUCAAUGUUGUGACUCCACCGGGUUAUAUACAGUUACCCAAUGUCGGGUAUCCGAAAGGAUUUAAAAAUUCUUACGGCGAAGAUAUCAGUAAUACUAAUGCAUUGAACAUACCUUAUCCAUUUACCUCGCUGGAAGCUGCAUCGAGUAAAAUUAAAACCCAAGUGGUAGCUAAAGACAUUGUGAAAUCUUUCGAACCUAAUGUUUCUAUCGCACUGGCUAAUCCUGCUCCAUUUACCUUAAAUAAAGGAAGAAAUAUUCAUACUUUACAACCAGUUGCACUCCCGAAUUUAAGUGUUUCUCCUUUACCUCCUAUUUUUAAUGCACGACCUUUCCGCCCAAUAUCCACAUCAUUCCCAACAGAUGUAAUAUACGGCAUAAAUCACAUGAAAAAGGCAUCCGAAAAUGUUAAUGUUGAACAAAGUGUUCCAGUUGCAGAGUUUGUGCAUUCAAUAGAGUAUCCAACUACAAUUAUUCAAUCGCCAGUCAUAGAUAUAGACGCUACGAAAAGUUCCAAUCAUAGCAAAACCUUCAGAAACAUACCGAACAGCUAUGUGAUAGACGAAGCCAAAGACAUUACCCCUCAAGCUUCAGAGGAUCAUAUUUCAUCAGCAAAGGUAAACCAAGAUGUUAGUUUUGAAACAACUGGCCUUGAAAUAGGUAACAAUCUCUAUGAAAGUAGCUUACCCACAGAUGUUAGACAGAAUUCUCACAUACCUUCGAACCAUAGACAAGUAUUUGCAGAUUUAAGGGGAGUAAAAGACGAAGACCUUGACAGAUAUAGAACAGAAAGUAAUCUCCAACAUAUAGAUUCCCCUUUGCUUUACUUAAAACCCAGCGCACCACAUAAGAAUUUUGAAAACUUUGUAAUAACAGCUUCCACACCUUCAUCAAUAAACAUUGGUCAAAAUGACUACGAAAUUUAUGACGAGAUAUCAACACGUGCGCCAAUUCAGUCUACAACUGAAGCUAUAUACGGCACGAGGCAAAAUAAUCAUAAAGAUCUAUCCACCGCAUCAGACGGUCCGAAAAGUCAACCUAAAAUAGUACAAAUCAUUGUACCUUAUGUUACUGAACAAACUCAUAGAAGUAACAACAAAGAGAUGCGUUCGGUUUCUCAAGAAGCUCAACCAUUUGUGACUAAAGAGGAGUAUCUUGGAAGAAAAGUCCCUUCGAAUACGGAGAUUUCAUAUUUUAACACUGCUACAGAAACUUCCACAUUGCCUUCUACAACGACAGAACAUGUCUCAACGAUCACAGAAGAACACAAUUCAGAAAUAACUAACACACCGACAGUAUUAAAUGAUUUCUACGAUGUUAAAGAACCACCAUUCGACAUUAUAAAAUUACAACAUACUAUUGACGAUUGGACAGAACAAGAAUAUUCUAAUCACUAUUCAACGCCUGACAGAACUAGAUCUAAUGAAAAGUACGCUAAACAAAUUCCUGAUGAUUUUUUUACAACAGUAAAUCCACUCCAAGAACAUAAAACUACCGAAUAUAACUACGAGGAUUAUGAUCACGAAGGCUCAAGUAGUGUGCAACAUUCUGUCACUGAAACAAGAAGUAACACUUCUUCCAAAUUAAUAAAAGAUUAUAACUUAAUCCAGAGGACUAAAAAUAAGCAAUUAAUCGAAAAGGGUGAAGAUCCAGAUGAAAAUCAGAAACCACGUAUUUACACUGCAGCGUCAUCUUUCCGCAGUUCAACAACAACACCUGCUCCAUGGGGUUUGAUACAAACAUCAAUAUCGCCUCUCACCAAAGAAAAAGUUUACGUAGUAACAUCAAAACCUUGGAGUGACAAAACUCAAACUAAAACUGAAAACGUUCACGAAACACAAACAGAAAUGUUUGAAUCCAAGAAAAUUAAUAGUAAUUUUGAUGAAUUCACGUUGGACAGCUUUCCAUUUAAGUCUCCGAGAUUCUCGAAUCGUCCUCCCUUCGGAUUUACGGCCUCCGGUCCGGUUUCCUUAGAUUCUAUUAAGUCAGAUUCAUCGUACGGCUUUUCUAAAGGCUGGCAUCAAAGCAUAAACAAUUUGCGUAGUCUUUACGCUAGCGAAAACACGCAUUCGUCGGAGGGCUCUGACUCCUGAUGACUGGUUAAAUUAACAUGGAUAAGAUUCCAGUGAAGAAUAAAGUAAUCGAAGAAUUAUUCUCAAGAAUACAAUUUAAAGUCACAAACAAAACCAAAUAAUUAAGAUUGUGUGUUUGUGUGUGUGAAACUAACAGUGCAAAAAACUUAAGUUGCGUUAAUAGUGAUAAAGACUAUGAAAAAUAUUAAUCUUAAUAUAGUUAUGGGAAUACAACGUUACCGUGGCUUGAACUGACUGAAAAUUGACUAUGGCUAUCUCUCGUCCUCUUUGAGUAACGCAGACAAUGAGGGAUUUACCUUCAAAAACUAAGACAGACUUUCAAGUACAUUUUAAAUUAAAUUAAAGAAAUAAAAUACAUGUUUAACUAAAUAGUGUUACUCCACGUUUUUUGAGGUAAUUACAGCGAGAGUUUUUGCAGUUACGGUUCACCGUUCACGGUUAUUGAACAAAUUAAGGAGAACACGAAACGUACGUGUUCUCUUUUAUUUGAUCCGCAUCUUUUCACGCAGAUGAAUUAUUUGGAACCAAAAUUGUAUUGUAUUUAAUUUUUAUUUUUAAAUGCAACACAUGUUCUAGUUUAUCUUUGCAAUUUGGUAUCCAAAGCGUUGUUAACUAAUAAAUUACUAAAGUACUUACUAAUAA